AUGGAAGAGAUAAGGAUCAAUAAAGAUAGCAAUUAUGAAAUAGAAGAAGGACAGAAAGAGGGAGAUAGGCAAACAAAAGGGAAGAGAAGGAGACAGCUGAAACAGUACAAGCAACAAGAAGUAAAGAAGGGAAGAAGAGGAAACCAGAAGAGAACAGACAAG